UUUAACCGGAUACCGGAGAAAGUCAAUAUUUGCCUGCCAGGGGGAGAGGCGUUGCUGCUGGUCCCUGGUUAGGCUGGGGCUCUUCUGCCCCAUUUAAGGGCCAGAGAGGGGCAGUGGCAGAGCUGUGGGGAAAAGCUGCUCAAGGAACAAGCCCCCUCCUCUGCUGCCUGAUGGCUCUGCUGCUCUGGACGCUGCUGGCCACCUGCCUUCCUGCUCUGUGUGCUGGGUCAGACCAGGUCACUGCUGCAGCGGUUCCCCCUGAAGACGGUCUGCUGCUACAGGCGGGAACGGAACCCGGGUCCCAGGGGGCCCUUCAAGGCCCCACAAAGCUGCCUCCCCACUUUCCAGAUGAAGAUGCCGGCCAGGGGGAGACGUUUCCGGACGGCCUCCCCAAUUCUCUCGAGGGAGAGGAGGAGGGGGAGGAAGGCUGCCGGGACUGGGCCCUCUCUGGAAGCGCGGGCCAGAUCGCCUCGGCCAUGAGGGCCCUGGGGGUGGACCUCCUGCGGGAGAUGGAGGCGGAGAAGGGCACGGGCAACACCAUCUUCUCGCCCCUGAGUAUCGCCCUGGCCCUCUCCCACCUGUCCUUAGGGGCUGCCAACGAGACCCAGAAGCACCUCCUGGAGGUCCUGCACAUGGACUCUGUGCCCUGCCUCCACCAGGCACUGCGGGAGGUCACCCAGCAUCUCCACCAGACGGCCCUCAGCAUAGCCGGCCGCCUCUUCCUAAAGAAAGGCUUCCCGGUCAAAGACAAAUUCCUGGAGGCGUCCCAGAGAUUCUACGGAGCAAAGCCAGUCCUCCUUUCUGGGAACAGCACGGCUGACCUGAACGCCAUCAACAGCUGGGUGAAAGAAGCCACCAAUGGGAAGAUCCCCAUCAUGCUGACCGAGCUGCCUCCCAACGUUUUGAUGGUCCUUCUCAACGCGGUCUACUUCCAAGGGUUCUGGAAGACCAAGUUCGACCCCCUCCUGACGGAACGCAGCCUGGUCCACCUGGACAAGGAGACUGCGGUCUCCGUGGAGAUGAUGAAGGGACACAUCUUCCCCCUGAGCUGGUUCACAAUGGAGUCCCUGGAGGCCAAGGUUGCCAAGUUCCCCUUUAAAGGCAACACCUCCUUCGUGGCCAUCGUCCCCAGCCUCGACCAGCAGAAGAACUUCGCCCAGGUUCUGUCUGAGGUCCUCCAGCACAACCUGCAGACGUCGUUCCCCGAGGAGAUGUCCACCAGGGUGAAGAUGCCAAAGCUGAACUUAGAGGACCACAUGGACCUCAAUGAGGUCUUAACUCGGUUAGGUCUUGGGGAGCUCUUUUCUGUCCCAGACCUCAGCCGCCUUGCCGAAGGGCCCCUCACGGUCUCCAGCAUCACGCACCGGGCCGCCCUGGAGCUGUCCGAGGAGGGAGUGAAGGCGGCAGCGGCCACCAGCGUAGUGGGCGUCCGCUCUGCCUCAGUUUUCUCCCUCGACCGGCCCUUCAUCUUCAUGAUCACAGAGGACGUGACGAGCAUCCCGCUCUUCAUGGGCACCAUCCGGAAUCCCCGGCCGGGGGCCCCCGUGGAGAAGCAUGUCCUGCCUGCUAAUCGCACACAUCGCUUCCAGAUGCCCUGAAGGGCCUCAGAGCUGCCUCCCCAGUCCCAGGCAGUCUGGCCUUCCAGAAGACCCCUCCCAGUGGCUGCCCACCCAAACGCAUCACCCUCCCGGCUGGCAUCUCAGGGCGGGGGUGGAUCCCAUCCCAAUCUUGAAAGGGAGAGUGGGGCCCUUCCUUGGCCACUAGCGGGUCCUGGAUGUGGAUCCUGCACCUCAGCUUGCUGGACGCCUGGGCUCCCCUAGGCUCCCCAUCCCUCCACUGGCCUGGCCUGGCCCCACAUUGAUUUCCCUUGGCCCCCCCCUCGCUAGUUUCCUUGGCACCAGGCUGGAGGGAUGCCUCCCCCUCCCCUUUACUCAGACUGAACCCCUCUCUGUCCAAGAAGCCCCUCCUCAGUCCAAGCUGCACAGGCCUAACCCCCUCCCUUCGAAAGACCCCCCCACUACCUCCUGUCAUUAUUUCAGGGGCCCCUGCCUCAAAAAGGAUAGAAUGGCAAUAAUGGCACAACAUCCCUGUGAGGUUGGAAUGCGGACUAAUUAACCGGCUGUCCGGAGAGCCUCCGAGGUCGUAAUCCAAUUCAAAAUUCUCCUUCAUGCUUGUGGAAACAUAGAGUGAAUAAGAUGCGCAGCGGCACAGCUAAAGCCGAAACAAAGAGAGGAUUGUUUUGAGCACUGAGAAUUGGAAGGAAAAUAAUGCAAAAUAAAACUGCAAAUGUUGCAAUG